AUGUCUGGAAGUCCUCCUACUCAGAACCAAGCGUCAGGCGUGGUGAACACUAAACACCGCUAUUUGCGUCGGAAGCUAGCCUUCGUGGAUCAAAAUAUCCAUGACAUCUUCAGAAGUGCUGCUCUGGCAAAUGGAUCUACAGAUGUGCGGGAGACGGAAAAGAAGCUCUAUGACAGGUUGAAAUACCACGGAAAUCGUCUGCCUUUUGCCGCAGAACCGAACUUGAUAAACAUGGACUUCUCCAUCCAAAGAAAGGUCGGGACGGUACACUACGAUCAGGGAAUCCACGCCGACUGCGGACUUUGCUCAAUGAUCAGUCUUCGACUUUCUUACUACCCUUACACAAUACAUGAUUCUCAACACUCAGCCGCGUUCUGCAUCGACUACCGGAUUCAAAAACCUGGUGGGCAGGAUGAAAGAGCCUCUUCAUUCCACUUACAAUGCUGCCCUUGGGACUUUGGACGAGCAUCGCCCGUAACGCUCCAGAACCUCGUUAGCUCCCUUCGCCUUGGUGAAGCCCUUGACGAUUUUAAUGCCAAUCUCGCACUGUCGAUGGUAAUUGAAAUUAAGUGGCAAAUCCGUGCCAACAAGCAAUAUACCUGCCGCACCAAUUACAAAGAUGCUUUCAAAAAUGUCGACUAUGAAGUUGAACGAUUUCUUUCAUUCUGGGAGGAGUUGAAGGAUGAUAUUUGCGACCAUCUGUUCACGAAGAACAACACCUACUUCGAUUCACGGGAUGUCGGGUUGUUUAUUUGA